AUGUUAUCAAGAAGCCAACUGUUAACUACUACCAAAGUUCAUAAGUCAAGAUCGAAUCGUUCAUUCGAUAGUGCGGAAUUGUUUCGCACAGCAAUAUUUUCAGAUAAUGCAGCUUAUGGCCCGUUGCCACGUCAAGUUGACCUACGUCGAUGGAUGUCACCGAUUGUAAAUCAAGACUACAUGAAUACUUGUGUAUCGAGUGCAUUUGCCAGUGCAUGUGAAUAUUUACUAAAGCGUCGAAGCGGUGUAUAUACCCCAAUAUCUCGCUUAUUUAUAUAUUUCAAUGGACAAAUCAUCGAUCAAAGAACUCGUAAUGUCGAAGAUGCAGGUGCAUCACGAAAGAAUGUUGUCGUUGGAAUGCGUAAAUACGGGAUAUGUAAAGAAGAAAUUUGGCCAUAUGAUCGACGUUUACUAAAUCGAAAACCACCACCUGAUGUGUAUCUGGCUGCAAGGCAACAUACUAUCAUUCCACUUCGUUUUCCACUUGAGGUUAAUGCAAUAAGAACGUGUUUAGCAAAUCAAAUACCAGCAGUUAUAGCCGUGAAAAUGAAGUAUGAGAUCAAUGGCGAAGCUAAUGCUAAUGGUGGUUAUAUAUCAAUACCCGAUCCAAGUGAUUAUGAAAUUGCAUAUUUAACUUCCCAUGCUAUACUCAUUGUUGGAUAUGACGAUGAUACCGAGCAUUUUAUCGCACGAAAUUCAUGGGGACGCGAUUGGGGAUAUUACGGUUAUUGUUUUCUCCCAUACCAAUACUUACUAGAUGAACGUCUUGUCAAUUAUCCAGAUUAUUCAUGGGCUAUAACACAAAUUGUACCUCGAAUGGAUUAUUCGCCACCAAUGCAAAGUUUAGCAACAACGCAAUAUUAUCACACAGAUUCACGACGCAGACGAUCACGUAAAAAAUUACGACAGUCUAGUACCACAAUGCUUUUGAUGAGCACUACAGGUGUUUAG